AUGGAAGAUUACCAACCCAUGGAGUUUGAUUUCUCGGAUAAGGAUAUUGAUUCAGUGAACCAAGUGGAGGAAGAUCAUGAGGGAUGGACCAUGAUGUUCGAUGGGGUAGCUAAUGUAUGGAGACAUGGAAUAGGGGCAGUGCUCAUAUCCCCAAAAGGUAAACACUACCCUGUCUCUGCCAAACUUACUUUCCCUUGCACCAACAACAUCGUUGAAUAUGAGGCAUGUGCAUUGGGCUUGCAAGCUGCCAAAGACCGAGGAAUCAGAGAAUUGACCGUUAAAGGGGAUUCAACUUUGGUGAUUCAUCAGUUGAUUGGGGAGUGGGAGAUGCGAGAUUCAAAGUUGAUACCAUACCAAGAGAAAAGCAACUUGAUCCCCGACGCCUUGGCCACGCUGGCCGCCUUGGUGAAAGUUGAACUGGGGAUAGAAAUUGUGCCCAUUCGUAUAAGGAUGCAGUCGGAACCGGCCUACUAUGUAGUAAACGAAGAAGUUGAUGGAAAAUCGUGGUUCUAUGAUAUUAAGACAUACCUCCAAAAGCAAGAAUGUCCCGAAGGAGCCUCUAGUAAUGAUUAA